CUUUUCAAGUAGCGACCACCAAGGCUAAGCGCGCAUUCACGGAUUUAAGACGCGACGCACCUCCGUCAGAAGCGCCGAUUCCGUCUAGCCUUCCGACAUCCCCACCAACACCCCCGCAGCCUUCUCAUGGGUGGGGUUAUCCGUGGUUGCUCAAGGCAAGCCCCAAGACCAGCCACUCGGAAGAACUCAGCAGAAGAGUCGCUGAGCUGUCAAAGGAACCGCAAAAGUUUCUCAUGGUGGGGGUUUCAGACGACCGCGCGGAGCACUACGUGAAUCUUGAGAGCGCGCUGCUUUCUGCUCCAGCUAUUCUCGAGGCGGACGAUCACCUGAGCAGAAUCUUUUCGGAAUUCGUGCCUCGGCUGGUCUCGGAACGGGAGUUUUGGAAGCGGUAUUUCUACGUGGUGGCGAAGGUGGAGCUCGAAUUAGAGCACGAGGAGGACUGGGGUGCUGCGGACCCUUCUCCCCUCGGCUCCCCUGCCAGUGUGGGAUCGCACGGACGGCUUUUCUCGCUUCCCAUGUGGCAUCCUAAGGAACGGGACAUGAAUGGUAGCACUUGCAGCACAACGACGAGCGUGUGCAGCUUUGGAGGAAACGUGGACCCGCCCAAUAUCCCAUCCUCUGUGCUCCUGCGCAAUCUCGCCCAGGCUGUCAGCUACUCUGCUCCGUUUGCGACGCUCAAGGACCUGGUAGCCCACAAUGGCAAGUGGCCGGGCACUGCCCUCGCACAGGCUGUGGGAGCUGGGAUUGGCCGAGCCUUCUCCCUCUCCUCUAUAUCGAAUGUAAACGACAUUGACACCACGGAUGACAUGAUUCAAAGGCUUUUAAGCUCAGCAACAGGAGAAGAGGCCGCAUUUGAUUGCAGCUGCGACACCUUCAGCGGCAGCAGCAGCGGCGGUAGUGGCACGAGCAACGGCAAGCCCCCCCAGGAAAAGCCGAGCGAUGCCGCCCCGCUGGCAGCGACCGCCCUGGUGCACUCAGUGCAUGGAGCAUAUCCGGACAGCUUUGUGGCGCAGGUGGCGGCGCUCAUGGCAGAACUACCUUCGGAGAAGGACAUGGCGCAGCUGUGGCUGGCGCUGGUAGAACAGCUGCGGGUGCGGUGGAAGCAGGGGGUGCCGGUGCCGCAUGUAGCAGCAGGCAGGCACGGCCCGGACCUGCGGCUGUGCGAGGUGAUGCAGCACCUGCAGCUGCUCAACUGCUGCAUCGCCCGCCAGCGCCGACGCAAGACUAUCGGGUUCGCGUGUAAGCUUCCAGGCUCAGCAGCAGCAGGAACAGGUGCUGGUGGUGGUGUUGUGGGAAGGGGUGGCAGCAGGAAGAUCAGGGAAUCGUUGUCAGAAGGUGCUGCGGGUUUUGCUGUUACUGCAGGUGCUGCUGGUGUGGGUAGGCCUAGUAGCAGCAAUGUCAGGGCAGUUUUGUCAGAAGGGGCUGAUUGUGGGAGCGACAUGGCAGCAGCAAGCACUGACGGCUCAGAGCCCUGUGAUGCUUCAAAAGGUGCUGUUGCUGCGGGGAGAAGCGCGAGAGACGUUUGCCUAGGAGGAGCAGAGGAGCAGAGCAGAGCAGAGGAGACGCUGGAAGCACAAUGGGCAGAUACUGAAACUCUGAAUCGCAGUAGUGAAGCCACAUGCACCGUGCCUGAAGCAGGGGGGAAUGCUGGCAUGGAAUCCUGUGACUGCAUUAUGAAUUCAUCUGAGGAGCCUCCCUUUUACACAGCAGCAAGGGGAGGAGCAGGAGGAGCUGGAGAUGAUUCAUGCGGUGCGGAUGAUGAUCUGGCAGCGGGGCCGUGCUGGAAUCGGGACUGUCCAGGUCAGCACCUGUUUCUAUGUGACACGUGCUCUCUGCCAUGUGGGAAUCACCCACCAGUGGAGCAUACGGGUCAGGUAUCGCCAGGGGCGGCGCCGGGGGCAGCAGCAGCAGAGUAUCACCUUGACGCAUGCUAUGCGCGGGUGCAGUCAGGGAGGCGUGUGCUGCGGAGGGGCGUCAAGGAGCAGUCAAAGAGCCUGCGGUUGCUGGAGACCGGCGAGCCGCUGUGCAUCCCUGUGACCCAGGACGGGCCUCUGAUGACCGAGUCAAGUGUGCGGGAGAGCGAGGAACUUAUCAUGCGCACUAAGAGCUUUGGGACUGGUCACAAGCAGCUCUUCUCGGACAUGCAAUCUUUCAAGGCGGCCAACCCCGGGUGUGUCUUGGAGGACUUUGUUCGCUGGUACUCCCCACCCGACUGGUCGCCACUCCCUCAGUCGCCUUCCGUUCACUCACCCUCUCCCCAUACACCGUCUGCCAAACCUCCCACUGUACAAACACCCACUCUCGACUCGGCCUCGCUCCCCUCACCCACCUCCCACACAUGUGAACUUGCUUCCGAGGCAAAGACUCCCUGUGCUGCCACAUGUGCUGCUUCCUGUGCCGCGUCUCACGGCCGAGAGAAAGUGGGCCAGGCUGCAGGGAGCGCUGCAGGGGGAAGAAUUGACUCUACACCCAAAAAGACGGGUUACCUCAGCGUGCGGAUGAAGGCUUCAGAUAACCUGUGGCAGCAGCUGUGGAACCGCGCUCGACCGCUGCCCAUCGCUCUCCAACCCCCCUUGGUGGACUACGACUAUGCUGCCUGUUCAAGUGUGUUUCCCUUCUUCUCCCCUCCUCCCCUCCUCCAUUCCGCCAGGGAGAAGAGCCUUACCUGGCUGGAGAGCAUUCCCCCAUCCCACCUCUUUGCAGAGCUCUUCACCGCACUCGUUGUCGCUGGAUUCUCUGCCGCUGCCUCAGCAUACCACACUCCCCCCACCACCUCCUCCUCGUCUUCUCUCCCCGCAAGACGACAGGAUGGCUGGGUGCGUGUUAAUGGUUCAGACGUAGCAGCAGCAGCAGCUUGGAAGCAAGAUGGGGAGGAGGAGGAGGAAGGGGAAGGGGAGGGGGAAGGGGAGGGGGAGGAGGAGGGGGAGGAGGAGGGGGAGGGAGAGGCCUGUGUACAGGCAACAGCAAAUGGGCACAUCAGAGCCCGCGUGGCGGAGUGCUGCCGCUACGUGGCUGGCGCAUGCACGAGGGGAAUGAGCGAUGACAAGAUAACCAACGUGUGCCUUGUAUACGAGAUGAUGGAGGAUAUAGUGGUGGGCCCGCAAGCCAAGGCGCAGCUUCCCAGGGCCAACACGUCAGCCUCUCAAGACGCCCAACCUGUGUCCACACUCAAGCCCUCGCUCCUGCAGCAGUGGCAGCAGUGGCACUCCAAACCCUCCGCCAAACCCCACGACAACCACCAAUACCCGCCCGGCGACGCUCACCCGAUCGAGCCUCUCCCAGAAAACGCCCUUUUGAGCAACCCUCAACCAAACGACCGUCAUGACAACGACACUCACCAAAACGACAAGGAGGAUGACAAUCACGCGUGCUCCGACUCAGAGCCAUACGACACACGAAGCCUCUCCGAUGCUUCGUGCGGCACAGGCGGGUUUUCUCCUGAGCCCAGCACGUCUCCUCGCAUCCACCCCCCCGCCAACACACCUGCUCGCCGGUUCUCCAUCCUGGGAGCUGGAUCGAGCUUUCCUUCCUUCCCCACUGCGAGUUUUCCCACAAGCCCCAUGUUUGGGUCUAUCGACCUCUCCUCCCUGCAUCAGUACAACCAGCAGCAGCAGCCACCCCAGCAGCAGCAGCAGCAGCAGCAGCAGCAGCAGCAGCAGACAAUCCAGCAGCAGCAACAGGUGGUUGAAGAGGGUUCAGCUGGUCAAAAGGAUGCUGUAGAGCCUGUGACUGCGCAGCUUUCUGCAUCGUCGAGUUUUGUUAACCGCGUGGCAAUGUGGGCUGGGCUUGGCGCUGCAGGGAGUGGGAGAGGCCUAGGGGGAGAGCAGGCGAGUGCACAGGAGCAGCAGCAGGUGCAGGAGCAGCAGGUGCAGGAGCAGCAGUUGCAGAAGCAGCAAGAAGAGGAGUCUCUGGUAAUCACUGUCUCUGCAAACGGUGGUCUUGAAGCUGCUGCUGCUGCUGCUGCGGCCGCUGCCGCCGAUGCUGACGCUUCUGCCACCGCUGCCACCACUGCCAUCACUGCCACCGCUGCCACUGCUGUUGAUGGUGCUGCUGCUGAUGCACCUUCCCUGCCGGUUCUUGAAGAGAGCGAGGGGGGAGAGAACGCGGGAAAAGAUGCAAAGGAGGAGUUCACUGAUAACGAUGAUGGUGAGGAUGUGAAGCCCAACAGACCCUUGACUGCACCUGCUGCUGUGAGCUUCAGAGGGUUCCGGAAGGUGGACAUGACAAACCUUCGAUUCCUCCCACACCCACUGCGCCAAGCUGCCACUGUCGCUGUCAGUGGCAUGCCUGCCAGUCAGCAGCUCUAA